AUUGCUACUCAGAUGCAAAUAUUUGAAAUCGAGAUGAUGCAGAAGGUGUUUUCUAAUAUGACAAAAUCAUGCCUGCAGAAAUGUAUCCCUCCGCGGUAUCAGGAUGGUGAAUUAUCUAAGGGCGAAUCUGUUUGCCUAGAUCGUUGUGCUGCCAAAUUCAUGGAGGCCUACAUGCAUGCAACAAAAACAUUAGGUGCGAUUGCAAACCCAGGACUCCAACCCCAGUAA